CCUUGCCUCUCUACUCAGAAACCACUCUCUUUUCUGCAUGUUUCAGCAACAGGGAACAAAAACCUGCCUGGAUUGUGGUUCCUUCCACCUUGUGCUGUGGGAUAUCAUUUAAGAGGGAUCAUUAGCUGCGAGCAGCCCGGCUGGGUCAAGGCUGGGAGGCGGAGACGCAGUUGCAAGCAGCGAAGCAAGGUGGAGGCACGAAGACAGAAGACCAGGUUAAUGAAAGCAUGAGGUGGCUCUUGGGCAGCAGCUUGAAAAAUUUUGGACAUGCUGACAGGGGAAACUACGACUGGCUAAACAGCGAACCAGGUGGGCCACUUCUGGAAACAGAGCUUCAGAGCAGACAACAGACAAGUUCAACCAAAGACGACAUAGAACCAUUUCUGUGUAUCAUACUGCCUGCCACCAUGAUGCUCUUCCUGGCAUUCCUGCUGCUCUUCCUGUACCGCCGUUGCCAGCACCCCUCUCAGCAGGGGCAGAUCUUCAGCAUCGACCUUCCCGAGGCCCUGCCUGAGCACGAUGUGUCCAACUUCCUUUCUGCCCUGCCCUGGAGCACUGAGCAGAGCUUCCACUACUCGACGCUGCUCCCUGAUGCCACAUUCCUCUCUGUGUGUUUGCCUCCAUCCUAUGAGGAGGCCACCAUGAAGACUUCCAUGGAAGAGGCUCACAUUGAGCUCUCUCCAGACCCAGUGCCUCCUUACGAAGAGAGCACGCUGCAGACCAGCAGCACCAAAUAAACUUCCUACGGAAGCACCUUAGCCGAAGCAUGCAGCACAAAGGUAGAACUGCUAUGGCCUUUAAAAUUUGUGAAAAGAUUCCAAAUGAGGCACAAAACCAAUGAAUUUAUGAAGGAAGAAACUUGAAGUAACAGGGAAUGCGUGUCUUCACCUCAUCCUAGGAUUUUCUACCUUCCAUUUGUGGCAAGUGUACACACGGUGUAGCACCAAAUCCAAUCCGAACACGGGGAUUCUAGUUAACAAACAUGUCAUGCGAGGAUUAAAUUUAAGGAAAGCUGGGAAGCUCUUCCUCUGUAAUCCCUCAGCUACAACAAAAUGUCAAUAAUGCUAUAGAUUCAGCAAUCAUAAAAAGGGCUUUUAGCACAUACAUAUUCCACUUUGGGUUUUUUCUAUUUUAUGCAUUUGUAUUUAAAUGAGUUUUUGACAAGAUGAGUCACUCAGUCUGUGUGUGUUUACAUCACGUCAUUCUGCAGUGCUCUGGAAUGAUCACAACAGCUCUCAGGAAAGCAAAUAAAUAUAUAACCUCUACAAAAUUUCCAGUAACUGUCCCCAAAGGUUCAAAUGUGCACUGUGAAUAAAGGCUGUCUUUUCUCACAGUUGAACAAUAAGGACAACCAGAGAAGACCUGAUUAUUCUGGGUGAGGAAGACUCCAUACAAGAGCACACUCACUCUGCUGCUGCAAGCUGCUUGCCAAGGUCUUGUGAGGUCCCAGCAUUCCAGACUACUCGGUUGACUUCUUUUCCAAGUCUAAAAUAAUAAACCAUGUGACUUACUUGGUGCAGUGUGUAAAGGAGUUGGGGAAAAAUUAAUAAAAUCAAGUGCACCAAAAAACCCCUGGUCUGUAUUUCAAAACUGCAUUAUAAUCCCUUCCCCUUCAUCCCUAGGGCAGGGUGAGGCUAAUUCAAGUGUGUUGGUGGCAGUGGUUCAGAAGGUUUGCAUAUGCAUAUGCUUUCAGAAAAUGAUGUAUGUUAUCUUCAAUUCUUUCUUACAGGAUUGCAUUUUCACUAAGUUAAGACAUGCUCUUGUUACAGAAUGUGGCUACUACAGCUCAUGACAGCCUCAAAAGUUGUGUUGGCAAGCCACAGACAAAUGCAGUGUCGUGGAAUAGGUGACACCUGCAAGGAAGAAACUGUCGUAACAGCUUGUGCAGUCUUGGUGUAACUUACAAACCCAAAGGCUUGUACUUGGUGAUUUCAACAACUGUCAGGAGGUGUCAAUAGCAGCCAGUCCUGCUUUACAAACUUGGCACAUUCCUUAAAAAAACCCAACAAAAAC